AUGUCUCCCAUUUCAAAAGUGUUUUUGUAUUCUAUAUUUGUAAUCGGAAAUAUUUAUGCAGAUAAAUUCGAUGGAACUGAGCCGUAUAUUUAUAAAAGUGAAAUACCAAUAGCGCCAAGAUAUGGUAUGGUGGGUGUUGCCAGUGCCGCUGGAAUAUUGUCAAGAAACGGGCGAGUAUCCUCAGUUGGGGGUAUUCAGUUCUUCCCUUCCCUUAAUAAUAAAAUACCAUUUGCAGUAAAAGAUGAAAAAGCUUUAAAGCAAAAUAUGGAAUCUAAUGAAAAUAUGGCAAACAUGGCCCCAAAUAAUAUCAAUUGGAGGAAAGAUUCUGAUGGUAAUAUAGCCGAAGGUUCUAUAAACUUUUAUCCAGGGGGUGUAGCUGUUUCAUCUUCAGCCAAAUCUAGAAAUAUUGAGUCAAAUGCAAAUCCAUGGGCUAAUCCGUUUAAUCCAAUCAUGUGGCCAAUGAACGACCCUUUUAGCGGACCAUCGAGAAAUUUCAACUAUCCUGGGAGUUUAGAGUGGAUACACAAGGAUAUGUUCAACAAUUACGUGCCGCCAAAUUUAUAUUCCAAAAGGACUUGGCUCUAUCCAACUUUUAACCCAUUUUUAAACUAAAUUUCUGUUUUACCAACUCCUAUUAAAAUUAUGUUAGCAAAGUCUCGCACCGUUAAUAUUUUGAAUGUGCAGAUGUAUGAUAUCUUAAUUUAGGACCAAUUAAAUAAGCUCGAAUGACUUGAAAAUGUCACCAAAUACCACGUACCAAAAUUUCGUUUAAAACUUCAAGUUAACUCCUGUGGGUCAAAAGGCUACGCUAUUGCUGGAAUUUGCAUUAUUUUCUGUACUGUGCGUAAUUUAAUCCUAAUGCGCCUUCUUAUUCGAAGAAUUAUUCUUCAUUGUUGUUGUGAAUAUAAAACUUGUGAAAUCAAAGAACUUAGAAAUUAUCAGGACUCUAAAUAGUAAAUAGUAAUAUUUAAGUUGAAUUUUAUGCGUGUGUGUGUGUUAAGUUUUAGUUUGGACAUAUUUGUAGGUGACGUUAACGCUUCACUACCUUCCCGGUCAUAUUAAAAAUUCCCUUUAGAUAUGGUUGUUUGACAAAAAUGGCUUAAGAGCUUAAAAACUCCACGUUCUACACAAUAAUUAGUUCUAAGCAUUUUUUCUGUAUUGUAUUCAUGCCUUGAAUCAUAAAGUAUAAAUAAAUUUAAAAAAAAUUGUUAU